UUUUGGCUCAUUCUUUUCAUUAAGUAUGAACUACACUACUCUCCACGUUUCCAUUAUGGUUUUAUUUUAUUUUAAAAUUAGUUCUUAUUUUCUCCAGUUUAAUGAUAGUGCCUCAAAUAUCGUUGUAGAAUUUUAAUUGCACUAUUCUUUAGAUUUUAAAAUGUCUACUACGUCGGAAAAUUCUGGAACUGUAAUUGUAUCUGCUAAACCUGAUAGAAAAGUAUUCAGACCAAAGCGGAAAGCAGUGUCCGGUGUUCCUUCUGAAAUAUCUGAAAAUCCAGAAUUAAUUAAAGCUCUCCGUAUACUCCCUGAUAAUUACAAUUUUGAAAUUCCUAAAACAAUUUGGAGGAUUAAAAAGUGCAAUUCAAAAUGUGUUGCGUUACAGUUUCCUGAGGGAUUGUUAAUAUAUGCAUUGACUAUAGCUGAUAUCCUAGAAACGUUUUGUAAAAUACAGACAAUCAUCAUGGCAGAUGUUACUUACGGAGCUUGUUGUAUCGACGAUUUUACUGCCAGAGCUUUAGGAGCUGAUUUAAUGGUUCAUUAUGGCCAUAGUUGUUUAAUUCCGGUGAACAUGACUGAAAAAAUUAGUAUGCUUUAUGUGUUUGUUGAUAUAAAAAUUGAUUCUUUACAUUUGGUACAAACUAUUUCGAAAAAUUUUGAUACUAAUUCUCCAAUUGUGCUUUUGAGCACAAUACAAUUUGUGUCUAGCAUCCAACAGGUUGCAUUUGAUUUACGAGAUGUGGGUUAUGAUAUUAAUAUUCCUCAGUGUAAGCCUUUAUCACCUGGGGAAGUGUUAGGUUGUACUUCACCUAAGAUUAGCAAUGCCAAAGUUGUCAUAUUUGUUGGAGAUGGACGCUUUCAUCUGGAAUCUGUAAUGAUUGCAAAUUCUGAACUAGAAUUUUAUAGGUAUAAUCCUUAUGAUAAAAAAAUAACUAGAGAGCACUUUGAUUACAAUAAGAUGAUAAGCAUACGAAAGAAAGAGGUUGACCAAGCAUCAAACUGUGAUAGUUUUGGACUUAUUUUGGGCACACUGGGUAGACAAGGAAGUCCAAGGGUGAUGUAUAACAUAAAAAAAAUUCUUCAACUUAGGAAGAAAAGAUAUGUUACAGUUUUAUUAUCUGAAAUAUUUCCUGAAAAGCUGAAUUUAUUUCAAGACAUUAAAAGCUGGGUUCAGAUAGCAUGCCCACGCUUAUCUAUUGAUUGGGGCUAUGCAUUUGGAAAGCCUUUGCUUAAUCCAUAUGAAUUUGCAGUGGUCAUGAAAGAAAUAGAUUGGCAAGAGAAAUAUCCGAUGGAUUUCUAUAGUUCUCAGAGUUUAGGUGCUUGGACACCUAACCAUAGUCCUCCAGCUAUUGAUGAUGCUAAAUCGUGUAAUAAUUGUGCUGAAUGUGAAUGUUCAUCAAAAUAAAAUUGUUUAUUUUUUAAA